CGAUUCGAAGGAGUGUAGUUCAACACCUCACUUCAGACGUUACAGCUUAGAUGAAAACGCGGGCACCAAGCUGUAGAGUCUGUAAUAAAUUGUGUCAUCAGAAGCCGUGCUUUGAGACCUGCGCAUAAAAGCAAACUUUGUUACACAUUUGAUGGCUUUUCUCAAUCAAACCCAGUGAUUAGCAGCAGACUCCGAAGCUGAGAUACACCUGAACGCUGGGGCAGAGCGAAUAGACCCGUAUUGUGGAACUGAAGUUUGCUACGAGGAUGCUUCAAAGCCUUAUUAAAAAUGUUUGGGUCCCCAUGAGGCCCUACUAUACCCAAGUUUACCAGGAGAUUUGGGUAGGAAUGGGGCUGAUGAGCCUCAUCGUUUAUAAGAUCAGGGCUGCUGAUAAAAGAAGUAAAGCUUCAAAAGGUUCGAGUCCUGCCGCCGCUCACGGUCACCAUUAACCAGCCUUACUGGGAGCAGCACCGCAGCGUCUGGCUGUGACCCGGCAGCUCUGUUGGGUGGGGGCGUGGUGUUCCCUUUGUGGCGUGAAUAAAUGGAAGUGUGCGACCGCCUGUGCCCUUGGGCCCCCCUCCCUGUGAGCCGUCCCGUCCUCGGUCACCACAGGGGUCCGGGGCCGGGUCGAGGCCGCCACCCCUCUGAUGCCCAAUAAAUAGUCGUGAGCCGUGA